AUGCACCAAAGGUCUUUCCAGCAAUCUGCUCCUUCCAUUUCAGCGAGUAAAGGAGGACAAGGGUCAUCAAGAAAUAUGUUCUUUGUGACUGGGGCCAAAAAUACAGCAUCAGGUGGAGUAAAUGAAAGGAGGUUAAUUUAUCAGAAAUUCCGUGAGGUUGAUUUACUGGACAAGAAAAAGACAGUGACAGCACUCAAGCCCGGUGAAGAUCGAGCUAUUCUCCUGGGUCUUGUGAUGAUCCUGGCCUCCGUCAUGAUGUACUUUGUCCUUGGGAUCACUAUAUUACGCUCAUAUGCAGACAGUGCGUGGACAGAGGAGGGCCUGUGUGUUGUUCUCAACUCCACCAUCACAGCAGACAUGAACUGUUCCUACAACUGUGGCUCAGACUGCUGGCGAGUCUCCAAAUACCCGUGUCUGCAGGUCUAUGUGAACGUCAAUAACACAGGCCGCAUCAGUCGAUUGUCUCACAAUGAAGAGACACAAGAUGCCAGCUUGGAGUGUUUCUAUGUACCAAGAUGCCAGAAGGACAGCGCCCAAAUGCACACGAUGAUCAUGAACAUCUCAGAGCGUCUGAAGGCCAACCAGCAGGUUCCCUGCUACUACGACCCCAGCGAGCAGCAUGAGACGGUUCUCCUUACUCGGCUCUACGACCACAGUGUCGUCUUCCACUCGCUGAUGUGGCCCUCGUGCAUGUUUGUUGGAGGUGCUCUCAUAAUCGUGAUGGUCAAACUCACACAGUACCUCUCUAGGUUGUGCGAAGAAAUCGAGAAGAUUAAGAGGUGA